AUGAAUACCUCGUUGGAGUUCCCGAAUAAUUGUUCCACCAAUAUCUACACCCUUCCCGAUUUUGGCGAGAUAGCUUAUAUCGUAUGCACGGUAGCAACUCCGCCCACGCAGGAUCCCGCAGUAUUUGCCAACACUAAAGAGAACACUCUUGCUCGACUCCGGAAAACUGAGCGUCAGUUCAGAGAGGCGUCAAUUCUUGCCGCACUAGAUGUCGAAGCUCGCCAACUUUUCACCUUCUACAAGAAGGUGGAUAUUACUGCUCCCAGAGACCAAAAGACUUUGCUACUGAAAUUUGGUUACGUGCUGCGGGCUAACACCUGUACAAUCGCAUACAAGACCGCCGCGCGCCUUCCCGACUUGCUGAAACCGGAACAGGCUCGGCUCUACAGACUGUUUAUUACUGCGAUUGUAUCCAGUAUCAAGUUUACCCCCAUUGGCGAGGCUGAGCUUCAGCCGCUUGGCCCCAAUCUGUAUCUGGUUGAGCAAGCUCCGUCUGCGACCGACAUCCACCAUUUUGACAAAAUCAAAAGGUGGCUUCUCUACCGCAUCGAUCUACAGGUAAUUCCAGGUGGCCAAAUCAUCCUCACAAUCGCGAAGGAUGGUGCGUUCUCCUUCUUUCGUGUACGAGACGGUGCUAUGAAGCUAAACUGGAGUGGGCACGCAAACUCUGAAGCAACCGCCAUAUACCUCGCACCUAUCGGACGCAUUGGGCGAACAAGGCGAUCAAAAAUCCUCACCCAUAAAAAACUCAACGGCACCAGUGGCAAUCAACCCAGUGACGAGAACCAGCUUUCUAAUGCGCAAAGAGAAGUUUGGAGAGAAUUGCUACCUUCUUGGCUCAAGGAGCACAGGAACACAAGUAUCGAAGCAAUGGAAGAUGAUUGGGUCGAGGUUGAGGUACCUAUAGAAGAGAUUGAUCACGCGUCCAACGACAGCCAACCGGAUGAUACAAGUCCCAAUAAUGUCAACUACGACUCGGUCACUUGGAGAACAAUCUUUUGGCCUGCGCACCUGUGCUUUAUCUUCAGCAACGAAGAACCUGCUGCGGUAACUCAGACGAAAGGGGAGCAGGAUCCAAUGCAAUUUGUGCGGGACUGGAUCCUUGGCACGGGCGGCGGCACGUCAAAGGUUGAGACUGGUCGGCAAAAUUUGAUGGAUGAGGAUGAUGAACCACUAUUUGCUGAUGAAGGUACAUUUGAUGAUCCAGUGCAUUUUCAUCCGUUUGGGCCUCCGGGUUUUGGUCCUGGCCAAACGAUAUAUCCGACUCCGCCUGACGUUGGAAUGACACACCCUACACCGGGCUUCUCAUCCGUCGAUGGGAUGGCCAUGACUCCCGCAAACCCCCCUCGAGGUCCUGUCGAAAGGCCUCAACCGCAGGAUGAAGACAUGCCGGAUUUCGAGGACGAACCAACAACAAGCGGACUGCAGACAUUUUAUGACGAAGACCUCUUCGAGGAGAACCCUGAUGACAAUCUCGGUGCAGAAGCCAAUGGAGAUGAGCCUAAUUGGGAUUUCUUUGACCGUCCUGGGAUAGACCCUAACUCUGCGCGGUCUGUAAGCCAUGGGCGGAGUGAAGAGACAGCGGUGCGUGGCGAGAUACAGCCAGGGAUGAUGAGAGCCAAUGAUGAAGUCACUGGUCAAGACGCCGCUUCUCAAGGUCCAACUGUUGUGCAGGGCGAAAGCAUGGGUCCUGAUGCUGCACCGAGGGCGCCUGCAAAUGCCGAGUUGCUGCAACUCCAAGACCAGAUGGAGCAGCCGACCAUGGAUACAGAAGUGAAAGGCAAGCAGAUCCUCCAACCUCCGCCCCAACGGGGCCCUCCUCCUUUGUGGCAACCAGAGUUUGCCCCGGAACAAACAAUUGGUGCUGAUCGUGGACGUCGUUCAAGUGUGUAUGAUGGGUUACGCUCGCUUCCGUCCGUGUCGAGCCAUGACAGCCGAUAUGGAGCGGGCGGGGAUUAUUGGUUUGAUCCAACGCCGAUUCUGAACAAGAAGGGCUCCUCGAAGCCAAAUCCGGUCUUUCAGAGGCCUGCAUCGAGCUCAUCAGAUAGUGACAGCUUGAUGACCAGUUCCAGCAACUCGCCAGAACGUGCGUCUUGGCAAAACGCAACCCAUGUGCCAUUCAGACAGUGGACUGAGUAUCGUUCUCCAUCGCCAAACGCUGCCAAUCGUCAGAGUGAGAUCGACAAGAAGACGUUCUAUCAGGACGUGCAACAGAUACUAGGGGGUUUGAGGUCCGGCUUGGUAGACCCUCCCACGCUAUCUGAUUUCCAGCUGGAUGACCCCCGCCCUCGGAGAAUUCCUCCAGUAUCACCACAGAAAUUCCUGCAGAUCGCUCACGUAUUAGUUGAGCAGAUGUCACAGACAACCUUACUCCCCCGCGGAGAGCUUGAGAGGGAGAUACAGGUUCCUCCUCGUGAUCAGAUGGACGUGAACGUUGAUUUGAGCGGGAUCAAUACUUCUGCGGUGCCUUCGAGUGUAUUUCAACUUACUAACCCCAAGACCGAACCAAACAACGGCGGCAUUCCUGGCAGGGUGACGAGAAUCCAACCAGAUCAGAUUCGCAUUCGACGGAUGGAAAGGCCCCUCACCGCCUCUAUGGCUAUCUUGAGUUUCUGGGAUUCGUUGAACCUCCAACCGGAGAGCGGACCGAAAGAUGUAACGGCUUUUUGUAUCCAUCCAAGUCAAGAAAAUGUCACAGAGGGAUGUUUUAGUCUGCUGCAGCGACUUACAGAAACUUACACCUCCUGUUCGCUAGGGACUCAUACGGUUGGACGACUUCCUGGUAUGACAGAUACUGGACUGAUAUCAUGGAGUCCGAAUGAUACAGGUCAACAUAACCUCCUCCAGAGGUGCCACAAGGUCGGUUCAGCUCUCGCGGAAGCCUCAGACGUGAAAGGCACUAUCCUUAUCUGCAUGAUUGCCAGAAACCAAAGCGCGAUUUCGUACCUGGAGGCCUGCAUUGGUUUCUUCAGCCUGUUCGAAUCAUUCACCGAGGCGCGAACGGACAACCAGGGCGUCACCGACAUUGCUUUGCAAGUCAUUCCGCAAAGUUUUGUCGCUGAUGCGGAAGCUUUGGUGAUUCCUUCCCAGACAGCCUACAUUCGGCUGGCCAUUGAGGUUUACAACCGGCUCCCCCCGUCAGAAUUACCAGCGCCUCCAGCUGCUUGCAGCUCCGCCGUGGUGCUCUCGAAAUCGGAAAAUUCGGUGCAUCUGCAACUGACUCCCACGUAUGGCUCGCCUCUGGAGAAGAAUGGACCAUGCCUACACCUCGCAUACUCUGUCAGCCAUGACAAUAGGUGGCUUACAGCUGCUUGGACGGACGAGUCAGGACGGGUUGCACUUAGCAUGUCCUACUGUCUUCGCAUCAGCCAAUCAGGGAAGAGCAGGCCCCGGCAUGACAUCUUCCGCGAGAUGUGGGACGUUUCACAAGACCUCAUGAGCAAAGUCCGGGGGCCGUGGCGACUGGCGGUUGUCAAGCACGAAUACUAUGAGCAACCAGAGCUACUCGACUGGCACCAGCUUUUCGAAAAUGCCCCUACGUCACAGAAACGAUGCCUCCUAGUGCUUCUGUCCGUCCAACUCGACCCGACGUUAGAGAUAUUUCCACCGGCGAACCAAGGAAAAAGUGCCCAGACGGGGGCGCAGAACCUAUAUGGGACACCUGCUUCGACACCGCAGGGCAGUAUGACGUCUCCUGAACAAACUGUGCCAGCGACCCCAACGCCUGGUGGCAGUUCGUUCAUGAAUGCUCCCACACCGUCCGACCCAGGUUUCGAUCCGAAUAGUGAGAGUGAUCUCAUACUACUGGAUCCUUCUGAGGAGAGUUGGGGCGUCAUCCUACCGUACGGGGUUAACCAGGCGAGGAGUCUCGUCCAGCUUCGACCCUCUCAAGUCACGGGAUACCUCAUUAAACGCAGAGGGACCAAGUGGGAGGACGGAUACAGCAUGAUUGAGUUCAGCCUAGUCACGUCGACGAUCCACAUAUCGAAUACAUCGAGCGAGACGUCGCCAGAUGAGUUGCUCGAAGAUUUGAUCAAGCAGUAUCGAGGCCUUGUUACUCUCGGCGCUACUCGAGGCUGCGUGGAUCCAAACAGCGAGUGCCUGCCUUGGCACAUUGCGACGGCGAUUAGAGGUGCGCAACUGCUGGGGCAGACCCUCUAG